AUGGCUACUGGGGGAAACAUUGCGACCCCAAUGGUUGCUGGAGCAUCCGGUGCCUCGCCAGUAUCCUCGGUCGACCCUCGAAGUGCUACUGGCACACCAGGAGUUAUCCCACCUGGAAACCCUCCAGAGCCACACAACCCUUAUCCCAACACCGGAAACCUUACCCAACCUGAGACUGCACCAUAUGUUCCUGCUGGUGGAAUUAAUACAAAUGGCACUCCUCCUGUGUACCAGGCAUUGUCAGAUUUUGAUUGGCAAUCCAUCAACUUGGCCCUCAACCAGGAGUGGAUCGAACUGGAUCUAUUCCAGGAAGGACUACGCCGCUUCUCAGUAGCCGACUUUGAAGAAGCUGGAUUAAAUGCGGACGAUAGAUUUCUUAUAGAAUUUAUGGCUGAACAAGAGAUUGGACAUGCCACCUUACUCUCGAAUAUCCUCGGCCCUCAUGCGGCGAAAAUGUGCACAUACCAAUAUCCGUUCACCACCGUUAGGGAGUUUAUUGAUUUCUGCCAAAAACUAACCAGAUGGGGAGAGAGCGGUGUGUACGGAUUUAUCGAGCAUUUGGAUUCCAGGGCGGCCGCACAAAUGUUAUUGCAGUCCAUCACCACCGAGGCAAGACAGCAGAUGAUUUUCCGUCAGUUCCAAGGCCUCUUCCCCAUGCCUGUGUGGUUCGAAGUAGGCAUUACCCAGUCCAUGUCCUGGACCUUACUAUCUCCCCAUAUUAAAUCUUGCCCCGCCGAGAACCCUCACCUCGUCUGGCAAAAUUUCCCUACUCUUCACGUCACCAACAAUCCCAAUGGAACCGAUCUCGCCUAUGGCGCUGCAAUUACUCAUAACCGUACCAGCCUAUCAUAUCCCGGCAGAGAAGUGACUUUCCGCUAUGAAUCACCGGGGCAAGUCACAGGCUAUAACAAUAGUUAUAUCACCAAUACAACCGCUACAGGGCCUGCUAAGUUCGCCAUGUGGACUAGUCAGCUUAACACAACAUACACUCCGUUGUAUGAUUCUGGGUAUGCAGGGGAUGGAACUGUCAAGGCAGCCCAGCCGGAUGGAACUCUAUUCAGUAAUCUGAACCCGACACUGAAUGGGACGAUCUUUGUUGCGUUGGUAGAUGAGGAUCUUUAUGUCACUCCGCAUAACUACAGCUUAGUGAAUUCUCAUAUUGUUGCUGGGCCGGCAAUUUAUCAGGCCGGUUAA